UGGCUGCGAAUGACGGGGCCGUCCGGACUCAACUAGAACCCCCCUUCGACUGUCCCCAGCCUUCCGCCCGACCAAGCUUGCUUGUGCCGCCAAAGUGGUGCACUCUGUCAGCCUGUGCCGCCUCGCCAAGAGCUUACACAGGAAGCCCGUCUGGAGAUGCCACCGUCGAAACCAAAACCGUCAGAGGUUGCAGCCGAAACGAAAAGGCGAUACAUACCAUACCUCCGAGAGUAUUACACCCACUGGCCAACGCAUUCUUACUUGGUCUCGCAGCCGCUGGCAGAUCUCCCUUGGACGACCAGCCCCGGCCAGAUUGAAUUGACCCCUCCCGAAUUCCACAUAUGCCAAGGUGACCCAGUGGACUUCAUCUUCAAUUGGCUGGACCAUGUCCAUGUUCCUCUGGGAAUCCCCUUCAUCUGCACCGCCAACGACAAGAGACCUGGAGGUGACUGGGAGACGGGUGUGGUUGGCUAUGAAGAACGGCUAUGCCGGCGAAGUAACUUGUCGGCGACACUAGCAACCCCAGUCGCUGGCACACGGCCGUCCAACUACCCGAUACCUUCGUGUGGUGCAAUAUAUUCCAAAAAUGUGAUCGUCUUCCGCGGCCCACACGAAAACUACAAGGAGAAGGACGAGGCGGAGUGGCGCGCGCUUCCCGUCAUCUCUGUCCCUGCUGUGCGCUGGCCAAAGCUCAGCCACAUGGGCACCACGUAUGCGUUCGAGGUUGAAAAGGAAUUGAUGCGGGACAAGAUCCGCGGUGCGUUGCGACUGUGCAACUGGGAAAACCACGACUACGCCGUAAUUGCGGACUUUGGGCUGGGCAACAGCCACCGCAACCCGCCGUUGGAGCUUGCCGAGUUGUGGCGAGACAUUUUCCUGUACGACCCAGACAUCAGAGGCCACUUCAAGCACGUGGCCUUUGUGUUUGAAGACGUGUCCCAGAGCACUUCCCAGCUCAUCAUUGACGACUUGUCGAAGAAAAGCAAGACGGGCGGGUCAAGUUCGAGGAGCAAGUCCAAGGCGACUCAUGAAAGCACCAGCACUGGUGGAGCUUCGAACAGUGGCACCGUAUGUCCAACGGACUUUGAGAUCUUCCAACAAGUUUUCGACCCGGGGCAGGUUAGGGCUGUACUGACUCGCCCAGACCCCCGGUACGGCAUCUCGAUGCUUACUUCAUGACUGGCACUUAAUCCCAGCACGCCUGCACAUCGGCGAGGCCUGUCGGCAAGGAGCUCCGAAGCUGUGGCUCCGCCUGCGCCAGGCUGCGCAUAAUACCUUUGUUGAAACCGAUCUGCCCAGAACAGCUUAGUCGAGGGCAUGGGACAGCUACUGUCGAGCCAUGGGGCCGAUACGCUGAGGUUGGGAAACGGCCUGAACUUGAUUCACUU